AAAACCUACAGCUGUGAUGAGUGUGGAAGGUCUUUUACCCAGGCUGGAAGCUUAAAAACUCACCAAGUCAUCCACAGUGGAGUUAAACCUUACAGCUGUGACUUGUGUGGAAAGUCUUUUACCCAGGCUGGAAGCUUAAAAACUCACCAAGUAAUCCACAGUGGAGUUAAACCUUACAGCUGUGACUUGUGUGGAAAAUCUUUUGUGCAGGCUGCACACUUAAAAAAACACAGAAUCAUCCACAGUGGAUUUAAACCUUACAACUGUGACUUGUGUGGAAAGUCUUUUACUCUGGCUCAAAACUUAAAAACACACCAAGACAUCCACAGUGGAUUUAAACCUUACAGCUGUGACUUGUGUGGAAAAUCUUUUCUGCAGGCUGGAAACUUAAAAAUCCACAGAAUCAUCCACAGUGGAUUUAAACCUUACAGCUGUGAGUUGUGUGGAAAGUCUUUUACCCGGGCUCGAGGCUUAAAAAUACACCAACUUAUCCACAGUGGAGUUAAAGCGUUCAGCUGUGAGUUUUGUGGAAAGUCUUUUACCCAGGCUGGAGACUUAAAAAACCACAGAAUCAUCCACAGUGGGGUUAAAUCUUACAGCUGUGAGUUGUGUGGAAAGUCUUUUACCCAGGCUGGAUCCAUAAAAAGACACCAACUCAUCCACAGUGGAGUUAAACCUUACAGCUGCGACUUGUGUGGAAAGUCUUUUACCCAGGCUGGAUCCUUAAAAAGUCACCAACUCAUCCACAGUGGAGUUAAACCUUACAGCUGCGACUUGUGUGGAAAGUGGUUUACCCGGGAAAGAAACUUAAAAACACACCUACUCAUCCACAGUGGAGUUAAAUCUUACAGCUGUGACUUGUGUGGAAAGUCUUUUACCCAGGCUGGUGAUUUAAAAAAACACCAUGUCGUCCACAGUGGAGUUAAAUCUUACAGCUGCGACUUUUGCGGAAAGUCUUUUACCCGGGCUGAAGGCUUAAAAAAACACCAAGUCAUCCACAGUGGAGUUAAAUCUUACAGCUGUGAGUUGUGUGGAAAGUCUUUUACCCGGGCUGAAGGCUUAAAAAAACACCAAGUCAUCCACAGUGGAGUUAAACCUUACAGCUGUGACAUGUGUGGAAAAUCUUUUACCUGGGCCAGAGACUUAGAAAAACACCAACUCAUCCACAGUGGAUUUAAA